AUGGAGCAGAGGAAAGGUCUGGCCAGCCUCGUGCUGGUUAUUGUUCUUCUUCAAGGUAAGAGCCCUCAGAGGGAAAAACAAUUGAUAAAAGUGGAUGACAAUCGAGAAGAUGGUUCAGUACUUUUGACUUGUGGGUUGGAAGAUGAAGCUAUCAGAUGGUUUAAAGAUGGAAAGGAAAUGUAUGCAGUAAAGAAAAAUAAAGCCUGGAAUCUGGGAAAUAGUGCCAACGACCCUCAAGGGAUGUAUUGGUGCCAAGGAUCAAAGAACAAUUCAGAAACAUCCCUCUAUGUGUAUUUUAGAAUGUGUCAGAACUGCAUUGAACUGAACGUAAGCACAGUAAUCGGCUUUAUCAUUGCUGAAAUCAUCAGCAUUUUCUUCCUUGCUGUUGGGAUCUACUUCAUUGCUGGGCAGGAUGGAGUUCAUCAGUCACGAGCUUCAGACAAGCAGACUCUGUUGCCCAGUGACCAGCUCUACCAGCCCCUCAGGGAUCGAGAUGAUCAAUACAGCCAACUUCAAGGAAAUCAACUGAGGAAGAACUGA